AUGGCCCCCGGGAGAUUCUCAGGAUCUCUUUGUCUCCUAUCCCCUCUUGACAUUCAGCAUUCAGGAACCGUCAUGGCCAACAACAACCUCAGCCCCACUUCAUCGAUCCUAAUCAUCGGAGCUGGAACCUGGGGAUGCUCUACAGCUCUUCAUUUGGCUCGUCGGGGUUAUACCAAUGUCAAGGUAUUGGACCCUCAUCCAGUACCGUCGCCCAUCGCUGCGGGAAACGACAUCAACAAGAUUAUGGAGCAUAAGGAGUUGAAAGAGUCGAAUACUGAUGCUCAAAGCAUUGCUUAUGCUGCAUGCACCAGGGCGGCACUGGUAGGAUGGACGACAGAUCCAGUUUUUAUGCCAUACUUUCACGAGACUGGAUUUAUAGUUGCAGGUGAUACCCCUGCAUUAAUCCAGCUGAUCCAAGAGGCAGAGAUCGAUCAGUCUCAGGGCGAUUUCGAGUUCUUAGAAUCAGCUGGAGACUUUCAGCGAACAAUGCCACCCGGAAUCUUGACUGGUGAAUUUCCUGGUUGGAAAGGCUGGAUGAAUCGAUCUGGGGCUGGAUGGAUCCAGGCAGCAAAAGCCAUGGUCUCCGCCUACAAAGAAGCGCAGAGACUUGGUGUGAGCUUCUUGACAGGGCCCUUGCAGGGCAAUGUCAAAAGCCUAGUAUAUGAAGACGGCGAUGUCAUUGGAGCUCUCACCAAAGAUGGCACGACCCAUUAUGCUCAACAAACAAUUCUCACUGCAGGUGCUGGAAGUGACCGAUUGCUUGAUUUCAAGAAACAGCUGCGCCCGACUGCGUGGACAUUGGGCCACAUUCAAUUGACACCGGAAGAAGCCCAGAAACAUCGCAAUCUCCCAGUUCUGUACAACGUUACAAAGGGGUUUUUGAUUGAACCUGACGAGGAUAAUCAUGAGCUGAAAAUCUGCGAUGAACACCCGGGAUACUGCAAUUUUGUGAUGGAUCCAGAUCAUCAAGGCGAGAUACGGAGUGUUCCGUUUGCCAAAACGCAGAUUCCCCUAGAGGCUGAGGGCCGCGCUCGAGGAUUUCUGCGUGAUACUAUGCCGCAUCUAGCGGACCGACCUUUCUCCUUCGCUCGCAUCUGCUGGGACACGGAUACGAUAGAUCGAGCAUUCCUGAUUGACAGGCACCCCGAAUAUGCUUCUCUUGUCGUGGCUGUCGGUGGAUCACGCCUUGGAGCCAUGCAAAUGCCCUCCAUGGGAGGUUUCAUCGCUGAUGCUCUAGAAGGAAAACUGCAGAAGGAGGUGAAAGAUGUUUUCAGAUGGCGACCCGAGAUUGCAGUCAAUCGAGACUGGUGGUCUACACAAAAUCGGAUCGGUGGACCGGAUAAAUUGAUGAACUUCCAAGACCUUAAGGAUGACGAGUGGACAAACAUUGCAUAG